GGAGCUGGAUGAAUAUGCAGGUCUCAGUCUUGGAGUGAAGGACAAUGAACUCACCACAGUCCUCACAACAGUUCAACCAAUGUAUGACCAGGCCUCGAUCCUUAUUGUGGAUGAUGACAUGGCCGUGGUGGGCCUGGAGCAGACUUUCUUCAGCGUGGAGGAGGAUGUCGGUUUGAUUCAAAUCUGUGUCAACGUUUCGUUCCCUGAAAUAGACUGUCCGAUUGCAUUUCCAUUUGAAGUCCUGCUGUCUACUGCUGAUGGAACUGCAGUCCAAGCAAUGGACUAUCAGCCACUUGAUGUGACACUGACGUUUGAAGCCUGCGAGACACGAAGAUGUGUUGAUGUCGAGAUAAUAGAUGACACAGUGGAUGAGCCAGAUGAAGUAUUCACCUACACUCUGAGGCGAACACCGGACCUGGACCCAAGGAUUGAACUGAACCCAGUCGAUGGACAAGUUGAGAUAGGCGAC